UGACGCGAGAGAGAUCUCUCGGCGUCGGAGGUGACUUGAGGAAGACGGAAAGUUAGUUAAUUAUUCGAUCUACGCAGAUACGGGACGAUCGGAUUAUGGCGACGGCGGCGGUGAAGGCUCGGAAAGUGGAGGAUUCUAGGCAGUGCCAAGGCGGAGGCGGUGGGGAAGGGCUGCGGCAGUAUUAUCAGCAACGGAUUCAGGAUAUGCAGCUGCUAGUUCGUCAGCAAGAACACGAUCUCCAUCGGCUCGAAGCGCAGCGCAACGACCUCAAUGGGCGAGUGAGAUCAUUGAAGGAAGAGUUGCAGUUACUUCAGGAACCCGGAUCUUAUGUUGGUGAAGUUGUCAAAGUUAUGGGGAAAUCCAAGGUUCUGGUGAAGGUACAUCCAGAGGGGAAGUAUGUUGUUGACAUUGACAAAAGCAUUGACAUAACCAAGAUUACACCUUCAGCGAGAGUUGCUUUGCGUAAUGAUAGCUACGUGCUUCACCUGAUUCUUCCUAGUAAAGUUGAUCCGUUGGUGAAUCUUAUGAAAGUAGAAAAGGUUCCAGAUUCAACCUACGACAUGAUUGGUGGUCUUGAUCAGCAAAUUAAAGAGAUAAAGGAGGUGAUUGAACUUCCCAUCAAACAUCCAGAAUUGUUCGAGAGUCUUGGUAUAGCUCAACCUAAGGGAGUUUUGCUAUAUGGGCCACCCGGCACUGGUAAGACACUGCUUGCUCGGGCAGUGGCUCACCAUACAGAAUGCACUUUCAUCCGAGUCUCGGGGUCUGAAUUAGUUCAGAAAUACAUUGGAGAAGGCUCUAGAAUGGUUCGAGAACUGUUUGUGAUGGCCAGAGAGCAUGCUCCAUCGAUCAUCUUCAUGGAUGAAAUUGAUAGCAUUGGAUCCGCUCGUAUGGAAUCUGGCAGUGGAAAUGGAGAUAGUGAAGUUCAGCGAACUAUGCUCGAGCUUCUCAAUCAACUAGACGGCUUCGAGGCCUCGAAUAAGAUAAAAGUAUUAAUGGCUACCAAUCGGAUCGACAUUCUGGACCAAGCGCUGCUUAGACCAGGAAGAAUUGAUCGAAAAAUCGAGUUCCCAAAUCCUAAUGAAGAGUCUCGGUUCGAUAUCUUGAAGAUCCACUCAAGGAAAAUGAAUUUGAUGAGAGGGAUCGAUCUGAAGAAGAUUGCUGAGAAAAUGAAUGGAGCAUCCGGAGCAGAAAUGAAGGCUGUUUGCACCGAAGCCGGUAUGUUCGCCUUGAGGGAAAGACGGGUUCAUGUGACACAGGAGGACUUCGAGAUGGCUGUCGCCAAAGUCAUGAAAAAAGAAAACGACAAAAACAUGUCAUUGAGGAAGCUUUGGAAGUAAAUAUCCUUUGUGCAAUUGUUGAAUCGAGCUCUGCAUUUUUCCGUAGAUUUUUUAAAGUCGAAGGAUAUUUUCAGAUAAACAUAAAAUAUUCCCAUUUUUUUUUAUAGCUCUCUAUGGUUUCCAUUGCUUGCUCCUUCUUAAUAAGAAGCUUCUUCAGCUGUUUGGU